AUGCGGAUUGACUUAUUCGAUAAACUUGUAAAAAUAGUAACACCUUAUAUACAACGUCAAGAUACUAACAUGAGAGAGUGUAUAUCACCUAAGGAACGAUUAUCUCUCACCCUAAGGUUUUUAGCUACUGGCGAAAGUUACAGAAGUUUGGAAUAUGCGACAAGGAUUCCAGCAUGUACGAUUUCUCGUAUAAUACCAGAAACAUGUCGUGUUAUAUAUGAAUGUCUUCGAGAAGAUUACUUAAAGACACCAAAUACAACUGUGGAAUGGGAACAAAUUGCAGAUGAUUAUCAACGCUUAUGGAAUGUUCCUAAUUGUAUUGGUUCCAUGGAUGGGCGGCAUAUAGAAUUUAGAGCACCUUCAAAGGAUGGAUCAUUAUUUUAUAAUUACAAGGGCAGUAAUAGCAUUGUUCUCUUAGCACUAGUCAACGCGAAAUAUCAAUUCACAUAUGUGAAUGUGGGAGUUAACGGUAGAGUAAGUGAUGGAGGAGUGUUCCGUGAUAGUGACUUUGCAAAAUUGUUAAAUAAUGCACAAAAUCCAUUGAAUGUGCCACAAGAUAAGUCAUUACCUGGCAUGAACGAACCUGUUCCAUAUGUCGUAUUAGCUGAUGCUGCUUUUCCGUUACAAAAUCAUAUAUUAAAACCAUAUCCAUCACGAAAUUUGUCUCGUGACGAACGGAUAUGUAAUUAUAGAAUUAGCAGAGGUAGAAGAGUUGUUGAAAAUGUGUUCGGCAUAUUGGCAAAUAAAUUUCGAGUUCUUUUAACACAAAUACAUCUACCUGUUGAAACCAUCCAAAAUAUAACACUUGCAUGUUGUGCGUUACACAACUAUCUUAUUAAACAAAAUGCUGCUUAUUUGUAUACUGAUAUAAAUAUUGAAAAUAUAGACGAACAUACUACAAGACCUGCUGAAUGGAGAAACAAUAUACAAUUACGCAACUUAGACAUUAUAAAUAUAAGACCAAAUAUGAAUGCAAUUGGUAUUCGCAAUAUGUUUAAAAAAUACUUUAAUACUGUUGGUAAGGUUGAAUGGCAGGAACAUGUAAUAUAA